GGGAGGAGGAAAGGGUGCAAGUAAAUUGCGAGACUCGCUUUGCUGUGUCAGGCUGAUCAGACGAGACACUCAGAAGCAAGCUUCUCUCCUGCCCCUCGGAAGACAUCCAUGGCUCCCUCUGCACCGUGGAUCUCUUUGCUGCUACUGUUUACAUCCAUGCUUCAAAGCAAAGUUUCUCAGAAAAUAGACAGCAAAGUAGCAAACUCAACUAAGCCAGCUCUGCGCCAACUCUCAGACUACUUGCUGAUGAACUACAGGAAGGGGGUCCGGCCUGUUCGGAACUGGAGGAAGACCACCAACGUGGCCAUCGAUGUGAUGGUCUAUGCCAUUCUAAGUGUGGAUGAAAAGAACCAAGUUCUGACGACGUACAUCUGGUACAGACAGCACUGGAUUGACGAAUUUCUGCAGUGGAAUCCGGAGGACUUUGACAACAUCACCCAGCUGUCUGUUCCCACGGAGGCCAUCUGGGUGCCAGAUAUUCUGAUCAAUGAAUUUGUGGAUGUGGGCAAAUCCCCAGACAUUCCCUAUGUCUACAUCCUGCACCAUGGGGAGGUGCGGAAUCUCAAGCCCAUCCAGGUAGUGACUGCCUGCAGCCUGGAUAUCUACAACUUCCCCUUUGAUGUGCAGAACUGCUCCCUGACCUUCACCAGCUGGCUGCAUAACAUCCGGGAUAUCAACAUCUCCCUCUGGCGGACCCCAGAAGAAGUGAAGCACGACAAGAGCGUCUUCAUGAACCAAGGAGAAUGGGAACUUCUGCAUGUCCUCAGCCAGUUCCGGGAGUUCAGUGUUGGGGACAGCGAUUUCUAUGCUGAGAUGAAGUUCUUUGUGGUCAUCCGGAGACGCCCACUCUUCUACGCAGUCAGCCUGCUGCUCCCCAGUGUCUUCCUCAUGGUCAUGGACAUUGUGGGUUUCUACCUGCCCCCGGACAGCGGGGAGAGGGUCUCGUUUAAGAUCACGCUCCUCCUCGGCUAUUCUGUGUUCCUGAUCAUUGUGUCUGACACGCUGCCGGCCACUGCCAUCGGGACGCCGCUCAUCGGGGUCUACUUUGUGGUGUGCAUGGCCUUGCUGGUCAUCAGCUUGACGGAGACCAUUCUCAUUGUGCGGCUGGUGCACAAGCAGGACUUGCAACCACACGUCCCCGACUGGGUGAAGCGCUGGGUGCUGGAACGUGCCACCCUGCUCCUCUGUAUCCGGGACAGGAAUGCUUUCUGUCCGAUCCGCAGUCAGAGCUCCGGCAUCUCCAGGGACAUGGAGAACAGCGGUAGCACAGGUAAGGGCAAGCCCGGAGUCCUAAACCGGGAUCCGGCCAUGCGGUGCUCAUCCCCUUCCCAGGGGGAGAGCUCGCUCGUGGUAGAAAAGAUCCUGCAGGAGAUUGCGGCCAUACGCCACUUCCUGGAGAAGCGGGAUGAGUUCCGUGGCAUCGCCUGUGAAUGGCUGCAGGUGGGCUACGUCCUGGACGUACUCCUCUUCCGGUUCUACCUCGUGGCCGUGUCAGCCUACAGCAUCACCCUGGGCGCUCUGUGGUCCAUCUGGCAAUAUGCCUGAGGACACACACCCACUGCAGCUGAUUUUGCAGAGCAACUGUGUCUUGUGCGUGUUCUAGAGAUGUCUGGACUCCUCAGCUUGUAUCUUGAUCCCAGAGACCCAGGAUCCUUCUCCAGGUCCUUCUGCAGUUGCUGCUCACAGACCUGCCCCUCAGCACUGCUGGAUUCAAAUGCUUCUGAGGCCACCAGGGCACACCUCUUUCACUGCCAGGGAGCAAACCCUUAGUUGCCCACCUUUACCUGUGAAUAAGCAGAAAGAUCUGUAGUUGCUGCCAAGUGGCAUUUCCACAGCUCUUGGCAAGGCUGCUGGGGUCCAGACCAGGGCAGUGUGGUGUGUCCACACAGGGCUCCAAAGCAGGGGAGGGGACCAAGAUCUGCCAGAGGCCAUCCUUUUGCCCAGCCCUUCCCUCUGCCUCACUCUUCUCCUCCUCCCCACCCCGCUUUGCCCUUUCAUUCAUUGACAACAUUGUGGAGCAUCUUCCUCGUUCCAUCUCAGAACGAAGGAGCUGCAUGCAUUUUUAUGGAUUUUUUGACAGGGUGACUUCAUGACAAAAUUUGUGGGAGCGCCAAUUUUGCAGGAUAGUGGAAUUCAGGUCCACGUACUGGUUUUCAAAUGUGAAAUCAUGUACAAGUGCAAUUUAAAUGCGACUUAAAGAAAGUUCUUCCCCAUCCUGAAUUGAGAUAGUACAGAAAGAGUUUUCCUCCAAGAAGACCCAACACCAGAUCUGUCCGUGGGGAGAACAUGUCUAGUCAAGUAUUGAAUCACAGAAUAGUGGAGUUGGAAGAGGCCAAGAAGCUCAGUGCAGGACUCCCAGUGCGACCCUCCCUCCCAGGUGACUGUCCCGUUGCAUCUUGAAUGCCUCCAGUGUGGGAGAGCCCACGGCCUCCCUGGGGAACUGGUUCCAUUGCCGUAUGGUUCUAACGGUCAGCAAAUGUUUCCUGCUAUCUAGCUGGCAUCUGACUUCCUGCAACUGGAGCCCAUCCGUGCCGGCUUCCUUAUCCUUUUUGGGGGUUUUGUGCAAGGUGCUUUUCAAGCCCACUUUCUCUCUCCAAGUGCUUCUCUUCCUCACCCUGGAGAAAUAGCCUCUCCCCGGGGGACGGUGGCUUCCGGUCAUCUCGACCUGCUUCCCAGGCAGUGCCUCCCAGGGAUGGGCCAUGCUCAGCCAAUCUGCUGUGUUGUGAAUAUCACUGUGCAACUGAACAGUCUUGCAAAGCGGGCAAACCCUCUUCUUGUGGUCAAGCUGCUUGUUGUACAAUAAAGUGGAUCUGU